AACCCAGUUGAUUUCAUUGUGAAGCCAGAGCUAUGAACCAUUGAUUUAGUGGUUCAAGAGUCUUUUAUGGUGCUUCCCAAUUGUCUUAGAAACAUCCUUAAAAUUAAUUUUCUUUAUAGAUAUGGUAGAAAAGUGGCAAGAUAUUCAACUUCAGGGACAGAAUAGAAUCUUUGUGUCACAUUUCAGGGCAUAGUGAGGUCUUGAUUUGCCCUGGGAUAUACCAAAGAGGAAGAAGGACCUGGAACUAGAACUUCCCUUCCACUAGAUUCACACAUAGGGGCAAGGAGCUAGGGUCAGGGCUGUGUAGGAACCAAGGUGGGGAGCUGGGAGAAGUCCGGCCUAACUGGCAGAAUGCAUUCGCUAAAGCAUAUGGCAAGUGGGUAGUUUGGAUCUCUCCUUCAGCACUACAUUCUCAUGCUGACACCCUGGACACGUGCAGUGACUGGAAGCUUGGGGGUUCAAUUCAGGCUGCCUAGGAGAGUUCUGUCAUUUAUUAUCUUUAAGGCAUGCUCAAGUGACUUAGCUUUCUAAGUCUCAGUUUCCUCAUCUGUAAGAUGGGGGCAGUAAUAUCUAUUCCAUCAGGUUGUUAGUUUUAUAAAAAUCCUAGGGUGCUUUGACAUUUGGAGAUCAAGCAGAGGAGGAAGAACCAGUGAAAGGAACCGGAAAGGAACAGAUGGUCUCACAGAAGCCUAGAGAAGAACUGCUACAAGGAGGGUGUGGUCCUGUGUCCAAUCUGCCAAGAGUUCUGCAUACAGGACAGAGAAGUGAUGACUGGAUUUUAGCAAGAUGGAGCGACCCUGUUAAGAGCAGUUUCAGUGGAGUGAUGGGAGUGAUGUCUGAUUUGCAUGGGUUGAUAUGAGAUGAGGAGAUUGAGUACGUAGAGACAUCAUUAUAGAACACUUCUAAGAAGUUUGGGGGUAAUGGGAGACUGAGAAAUGAAGUGGCAGUGGGAAAGGAAUGUGAAGGGAUUUUUUUUUUACACUGGAGGCACUGGAGGUAUUAUAGCAUCUCUGUAUAUGUUGAGGAAAGUGUUCCACUGGAGAGAGAGUAAAUGAUGCAGAGAAGAAAGGGGAUAAUUUCCAGGAGAUUGAUAUAUGAAACAAUUUAAAAGCUGAGAAGGGAUGGGAUUCAGAGCCCAAGUGGAGGGGUUGACCUUGGGCAGGCACAAGAAUGCUUCAUCAUUGUAACAGUAAUACAAGCAAAGAGUGUGGGUAUAAAUGUCGAUAGGUGGUUGGUUGACUUAGUGGUGGGAAGAUGUGGGAAUUCCUAUCUGAUUGCUUUUAUUUUCCCUACGUAAUAUUAUCAUUUGUGAAGCAGAUGAUGGUAAUGGUGGACACUAAAUAAGGUAAAUUAGUAGAUAAGGACAUUUGAAGAGAAAGAAAAAGCAUGAAAUUUUGGAGAAUGAAAUACUGGGGAAAUGUAGUAGGAUUGCUGUGCUGAGAUCCUACUUGAGAUUAGUGGGUAAGAAUUUAGGAGCAUGUUAUUUAUGUGUAGCAUGUUAGUAUGUGUAUCAGUGAGGAUAGACUAGCUUUUCCUGCAGCAAUAAAUAACCCCUCAAUCUGAGUGACUCAAUAUAAUAACGAACUACUUCUUGCUCAUACAUGUGUGCAAUAUGAGGGUCUCUACUCUACUGAGACUCUCAGGAACCCAUGUGUCAAGGUCUGUAGAGGGGCCAAGAUUUUACUCUACUUGCAAGCUAAUGAGUUAGCCUACCCUGGUAUCAUAGAGGCUAGCAGAAGAUACUUCUGGAUCAGGUACUAAAGGUAGUAAGAUUUUAUUAUUUACAGUAGGAGCAGUAGCCAGAGUGUCAGUAUUUGUGUCGGUUCUCCACACCCCGGUUCCCACAGGGAGAUGCCGAGAGCACCAAGUGCUAACCUGCACAUGCAGUGGGUUGUGUCAAGGAAGAAUCUUUCAUUUGGGGAACCCCAGUCACUUGUAGUGGGCAGUAAGCUUGCCUUACUCUCAUUGUUUUUCAAGGAUGUAGGCAAACCUGCCUCUUGCUCCAGAGGAAGACAUUAGCUCUCUUUUCCAGUACAGUUCGCUAUAUAAACAUCCUGGAAAAGAUGGUCCAGAGCAAAGGCAGCCAGUGCUGCUGCUUGUAAGAUGUGCAGAAGUGUAAGAGACCCAUGGAGAACUGUCUCCCAAUACCAAACUGAUGGAGGUUCUGCCAUCUUGCUACCUCUUGUAUUAGUUUGCUAUGGCUGCCAUGACAUGGUGCCGCAAACUGGGUGGCUUACACAUCAACAAUUUAUCUCACGGUUCUUGAUGAAGUGUGAGGUCAAGGUGCUGGCAGAGCUGGUUUCUUCUGAGGUCUCACUCUCUGACUUAUAGCUGGCCAUCUCCUCCCUGCAUCUUCACAUGGUCUUCCUUCUAUCAUGUCUGUAGCCAUGUAUUCCUCUUUUAUAGGACUCCAGCCAUAUUGAGUAAGGGCUCAUCCAAAUGAUCUAAUUUUAAUUACCUCUUUAAAGAACUUAUCACCAAGUAUAGUCGCAUUUUGAGGUACUGGGGGUUAGAAUUUCAACAUGAAUUUUAAGGGGAUACAAUUCAGCUAGAACACCCCUGCAUUUAAAUAUACAGCUUUGAAAAAAAUUUUUUAAAAGUUUUUUUAAUUUAAAAAACAAAAAAGAAAAAAAACAAAAAGAAAAGAAAAGAGAGAAAAAAGAACAAACAAACAAAAAUAAAUAUAUAGCUUUCAGGAUUGACAAGACAGGGGAAGAGAGACCUGGACCAUGACAUACAGGGGCUUUGCACUGACGCAGCCUGAGGUGACACACCGUCACUCCUGCUACCUCACCUGACUGCAUGCAGGCUUGGGUGUGCACUUAUCCAUGAGUUCAGAUAGGAGGGGAGCAUCCGAUGUUGAUGAGCACUAGCACUGUCUGCCACUGCAUGGUUGUGUGUUUUUCUCCAGUACCAUUUAGCUGUUCAGGUGCAGAAAUGGAGCAGACAGCAGUUGGGUUUAAUCUCAGAACUGGAUCCUGUCAACUAGUCUGAUGAGAGAAGAGAAUGUGAGGGAGGUAAAUGUGUUUGCAUGGAAGUGAGUUCACAGAUGGACCAUAGGAUCUAAACUGGGUGCGGAGGGAAGUUAAGGGCCUAAGGGGUGGAUAAUAUGAAAAGAUGUGAGAAGAUGGAAGUGGAGGACUUGAUGAGGUCACAGAAUUUCCGGGCUGGGAAAACUAGAGCAGGUGAGCUGAAUGGAUGAGGUGAUGACCAGAGAACGGGAUUCCUGACGAUGUCAGGAGUAGUGCAGUGUUUGAGGGUGGUCAUGUCAAGAGCAUGACCCUGAAAUCAGAUGGCUAAGGUCAGGUGAGGAAAAGACUAUUGGAGGUGAGGGGGGUCAGGGAACUGAGAGACCAAGCUACUGGGUUAACCGUCUACAUGGAUGUUGAAGUUACUUAGAUUGGAACAAGAGUAGGGGUAGAAAGGGAGUGGUGCAAGCGAUAGAAUGAAUAUGUGUAUCUCCCAGGAAGAUACUCCCUGGUCUUUGAUUGGACUUGGUAAUAUUCUGAAAAGUCCCUGGCAGAUGCUAGGGAAACCACUCAACGACACAUCCGUCAAACCUCUCUUAGAGUCCUUUCUUUUUGAAGAUGGUCUAUUGCUGAUUUCAGAUCAUUCCAAUUUUGACUUAAUCCCCCAAUGUUGGGACUGUUCCCUGAGUGUUUUCCAGCUCCUUUAUAUUACCAAAAAAAAAAAAAACCCACCAAAAAAACAAACAAACCCUCAACAACCCAACUACAAUAAACAAAGACCAACUCCGUAAAUCUUGGCCUCUUCUCUAGGCUAUUUAAUAAAACCUGCCAUCUGAAUGUAUAUAUGUGUGUGAUCUGUAAUGUUCACAGUGUAUUGUAAUGUUAAUGUUUAUAGUUAAAAGUGUUAGUCUACUUUUAUCUCCUUUUAUAUACUUGAGAAUAAAACAUGUUCAGCCCUUUUAGCCUUUGUGCAUGUUUAUAUAACGUGCUGCAUUUUAAGGUUUUGUUUCUGCAGGUCUGGCAUUAUGCGCAGGGUUCUGCAGACAACAGUUUUCUGUCUGUAAGCUCGUAUGGAGCACUUGGCUCCUCCCUGUCUAAUCUUGUACAAACAUUUUAUAAACAACAGCCCCUGGAAAGUCCAUGGCCACCCUCCCAUCUCCCAGAGCAAUACUGCAUUGCUGACUUCAGGGUGGUCCCUGGGAAUAACGUUUUGUUGGGGACUGGGAAGAUUUUUAAGGCUGUGAAAACACUCGCAGUGUGAGGAGAAAGUAGAAUCUUGAUAAUACGGCUUUAUAAAAUAUUGAAGCAAAGGUCCCACGUCCAGAAUAGCAGAAUGGGAAAGGCUCAAGUCUGUUGUGUCAGGUUUUCAGUUCCAAGGUUUGCCACGUGAGAUUUGCUUUCUCUUCAACCCCUUAAAUUCCACCAGUCAUGCUUGUUUGCUUGCUUUCAGUGCUACCAAAUGAGAGAAGCUUCCAGAAUGCUGCUACAAGCAAUAAUUUGGAUCUUAUGGAGAAGCUGUUUGAAAAGAAGGUUAACAUUAAUGCUGUGAACAAUAUGAACCGCACAGCCCUGCAUUUUGAAGUGGGAGCAAAUAAUUUAUCUGCAGUGGAUUUCUUGCUUAAUCACAAGGCCAGGGUGGAUGUUGCUGAUAAGCAUGGCUUGACAGUAAUUCACCUUGCAGCCUGGUCUGGAAGCCUCGAGAUCAUGCUCAUGCUGGUUAGAGCUGGAGCAGACCAGAGAGCCAGGAAUCAGGAUGGAAUGAAUGCCCUGCACUUUGCAGCUCGGAGCAAUGGUGUGCGCAUUGUGGAGUACCUCAUUCAAGAUCUGCACCUGAAGGACCUGAACCAGCCGGAUGAGAAAGGAAGAAAACCAUUUCUUUUGGCAGCAGAGAGAGGACACGUUGAAAUGAUAGAAAAACUCAUGGCCCUUAACCUGCAUACUUCAGAAAAGGACAAGGAGGUGAACGCUGCCCUGCACCUCGCAGCAAAGAAUGGUCACAGCCCUGCAGUCCGGGUGCUGCUCACCCAGUGACAAGAAGUAAAUGAGACCAAUGAGCUCAGUAUCAGUGCUUUGCAGACAGCAGCCCGGAAUGGCCAUACACCCCUUGUCAGCUUUCUUCUCAGUGACAACGUUGAUCUGCACCAGAAGGUGGACCCUAAGGAGUCCCCUCUUCAUUUAGCUGUUAUCAACAACCAUAUUACAGUGGUGAACAGCUUAAUAAGUGCACAGCAUGAUAUUGAUGUCUUAAAUCAGAGGCAGCAAACCCCUUUGCACAUAGCUGCUGAUCUUGGAAAUGUGGAACUGGUGGAGACCCUGCUGAAGGCGGUCUGUGACCUGAAGGUUAUUGAUAAGCACGGGAAGACUGCCCUGGCCCUGGCCGCCAGGAGCAACCACAGCCUCGUUGUGGACAUGCUCAUUAAAGCCGAGCACUACUGCGCCUGGAGAGAGGAGCGUGGGGAGAACGUCAGGGACCCACCCACCAGCUUUACUCUGACGUUCAAGCAAGACCACAGUCCGGAGACCAGGCACAUUCGCAGUCUCCUCUGGGACCUGGCUUACCAUCAGCUGAAGGCCAGCGAGUGGCAGAGGCUGGCCCGUUUGUGGCACUUUACAGACGCCCAGAUCAGAGCCAUCGAGGAGCAGCGGGCAGGGGAGGAGAGCUUCCGUGAGCAUGGCCACAGGGCUCUGCUCACCUGGCUGCAUGGGGCCCUGGUGACACAGGCCACGCCGGUCAAGCGCCUGUACGAAGAGCUGGUGCACACGGGCUUCCCAGACUAGCUGCCAUUGCAAAGUCCUGAAUUGCCCGGGGAUGUACCACCACAGGAUGAUGUCUGGAUGUUCACAGCAAAAAAAGGUUCAACGGUGUGGA